GAACGCGGCAAAUCCGAAACCAGAGUCGACGUCGGAAGUGCAACAUGCCGAAAAGUUGAGUGCGCUUUAGCUUGCAAAUAACAUUCGCACACACUAUAAUUAAUGUAGCUAACAGCUUGCUAUGAAUUGACAACUUUGGUAGGCGGUUAGAUAUGGACAUUGAAGCAGACGUUAUAGAAUUUAAAGUUCCGACUGAAAAUAACAAGACGCUGUUUAUCUGGGAUAUUCUUCCAACGCUUCCAGAGGCUUUCAUUUACGAGUCAAUUUGCGGCAUUUUCUCUGGUUUUGGGGCCCUCUACCUCGUGAAGGUGUGUCCGAACGCGGCAGUGGCUGAACCAGGGUUCUACGCCAUUGUAAAAUACUACUCUUCAGCACAAGCGUCGAAAGCGCAACGAGCCACUGACGGAAAGAGUCUGUUCCAGGAAUCGCCCCUUAAAGUCAGAUUAUGUACCAGACAGAACCCAGCCUUCUCCAGCGAGGUCAGGCCACUCAGUAACUCCAAGUGUCAGGAAUUGGCCAAUCGCUACCUCGGGUUUAACGGUUGGUCCAGUCGGAUUAUCACACGUAAUGCCGUUCCUGUUUUGCCGUGCUGUGUGAAGCUGCAGGACCUCUCUGGCGGAGACGAUGGGUGUUCGGACACAGAGACCCAGGCGCUGGCGCUGAAGUUCGGCUGCAUCGUGGAGCUCGCUUUCCCCCCGCACCGCUCCACCUGCCGGGGGGUGGGCGUGGCAGGGGAGUCCUUCCAGAACCUUCCGGACCAUUUGGAGGUGUGUUUGAAACGAGGAAAACUUAAAAAAUGGGCCAAAGACAAAGCCAUGGUGGACGCCUUCCGGAAUGUUCUGCUGGUGUUACUGAGUAAUGGGAAAGUGGCAGUUGAAUGCAGGUUUGAUCCAGACCAGGUCCUGCCAGAUGAGGACUUGAAGGGCCUUCUCAAGGUGAACGACGUCACCUGGAGUGGGUGCGAGGGGGCGGGGGAAGAUGACCUCCUGUCGGAACUGUCUCUGGACGUGUCCUGCUUGUCUUGAGGCAGCUGCGCUCUGUCUGUGAAACAGGAGAAAGGUACUGGCCUGAGGAACACGUCUGAACACCUGCCGACAUUUACCUGCACUGAGACCAAGCUGGUGGCGAUUUAUGUUCAAACGCAACAUGCAUUUCUACACGCCUGCAGCCUGUGUAGCCAAGUGCCCCCAUAAAUGUUCAGUGGGGCUGAGGGGUUCAGGUCUGAGGGGUUCAGGUCUGAGGGGUUCAGGGCUGAGGGGUUCAGGGCUGAGGGGUUCAGGGCUGAGGGGUUCAGGGCUGAGGGGUUCAGGUCUGAGGGCUUCAGGUCUGAGGGGUUCACGUCUGAGGGGUUCAGGGCUGGUGUGUUUUUAUUGUGCAGUACUCCUCCUCUUUGCUCUUCAAGUAGUUCUUGCAAAGC